GGCCCAAGCGCUGCGAACGUCGACGGAGUUUUUCCGGAAAAACGCUUGAGGGAAAAUCACGAGACACAGGGAAAUAAACCAAAUUUAAAAACCGCGCGAUAACUGAAAAAAUUCGAAUAUAAAACGGGGGGAAAAUAAAAAAUACGGAUAUAAAGGAAUUUCAAGCGUUUGGCAUUUUGUCAACCAGUAAAGGGCCAAGUGACGAACAAAAAAAAGGAAAAAACCAGGGAGAGGCGCACAAGUGGCUGCAACAAAGGGGCUACCGAACCACCGAGCCCGCGACCUCUGACACCCCUCCGAAAAAAAGAAAGAAAAUCUACCUUUUGGCCGGAAAACGCUUGUUUCAGCACGCGAACGAAAGGGACAGGACGACUGCGUGGGAGGGAGACAGCGCAAAAGAAACAACAACAGCAGCAACAACAAAACAAACAGCUCUAUGCCGGCACCAAGAUGAGACCAGGCCGAACGACAAAAGCUUUACCAGCAGCGACCACGCCCCUGCUCCUACUACUCCCACUAAUCCUGUGGAGGCUCGACUUGGCCCACGCGCAGUGUCCUUGGCAGCGGGAUGUGCCCGACCUGCAGACGAGCUGCAUCUGCGCCUACAAUCUGGGUAGGGAGCUGUCAGUGCAGUGCGAUCAGGUGGACUUUCCGCAACUGCUGGAUGCGAUGAACAGCCAUGCCCGCCUGAAGCCCGUGGAUUUGCUGUACGUAAACAACUCCACGAUAACAGAGCUGCCCGAGGCCAUUUUCAGCAAUUUGAGCCUGCACAAUGUGCAACUCUCGAGCUGCGGCAUCCAGAGGAUAGCGACGGGUGCUUUCAGGGGCCAGGAAUCGGUGCUGCGGAAUCUUAAUCUGCAGGAUAAUCUGCUGGCCGACGUGCCAGUGGAGGCACUCAAGGUUCUGGGCAAGUUGAACCUGCUGGACCUGUCCAAAAAUCAGCUCAGCCACAUUCCCGACGAUGCCUUUGUGGGCCUGACGAAACUGUCCACCCUCAAACUGAACGAUAACAAUGUUACGCUGGCUGCCAACGCAUUUAGAGGACUCGAACAGAGCCUGAAGAACCUAAAUCUGAAGGGCACCAAGCAGCGAAAGGUGCCCGAGAGUAUUAGGGGCCUGAAAAGCCUGGCUUUUCUCGAUCUCUCGCAGAAUGGCAUCAAAGAGCUGCCCGGUGCGGGUGGCAUUCGAGUGUUCGACGGUCUGGAUGCCUUGACGGCGCUGAAUCUGGAGAGGAAUCUCAUCCAGAGCAUUGGCGAAACGGCCUUUGCAGGCGUGCGAAAGACACUGAGCUCACUGAGUUUGCUCAACAACCUGCUGGCCGAAUUUCCCAUCGGUGCCGUGCACUCGCUGAAGGAGCUGCGUGUCCUGGACAUUGGCUUCAACCUGCUCACCACCCUGCCGGAGGCCGCCUUCCGGGGAAAUCCGGGCAUCACGCUGCUGGCUCUGGACGGAAAUCCACUGAGCAGCGUGCCCGAAGGCGCCUUCGCCCAUCUGAAUGCCACUCUGCGAGGACUCUCGCUCGGAGGCAGGUUCCUCCAUUGCGACUGCAAGCUGCGCUGGGUGGCCGAGUGGAUUCGGAAUGGCGACUUACAGGUUACAUCACGCGAACGGAAUCCACAGUUUUGUGGCACCCCACCACGCUUCCGGGACCGGGGCUUCUACUCGAUUCAGCCGGAGGAGCUGAGUUGUCCGGACAUCGCCGACGCCGCCCUCCGAGGACCCGUCGGCCUGGCCGACAACCUGAAGCCAACUCUCUCCUCGUCGCCCGAUUCGGUGGAAUAUGAAGCGGACACGGGCACGGGCACGGGUACAGUGGGCACUGGGACAGCGGGCACUGGCACUGCUGCCUCCGCUCCGGUGACCAGCAGUGUGAGCAGCUCCACCUCGACAACGACACCCACAACAACCACAACGACAACCACACCGGAGCCAACGACCAAGCGGAGCACGACUCGUCCUCCAACCAAGUCAACUACAACGAUAGCGGCCACCACUGCAGCUCCCACAUCGAAUCUCUCUGUGAACGGAACCGGCACAGUGCAGGCCACCUCCAUCACCACGAGCAGCAGUUCCUCCUCCUCAUCCACAUCCACCGGUCAUGGGAAUGGCAAGCAGGCACCGGGCUGGCGCCAAGGAGUAACCAAUGGCAACGGCAACAGUGCCGGCGGAACCGGAGGCCUUCACAAGCCGCAGAGGCCACCACUGGUCUUGGGCUAUCCACCGCAGAGGGGCACUCGCAUCGACGAUGCCAACGAGGUGCAGGUGAAGCACGCCUUCCGGCAGGACAGCUCCGUGAUCAUCCAGUGGGAUUCGGACACGGCCAAUAUCCUGGGAUUCCGUGUGGUCUAUCGACUCUUCGGCGAGAAGGCCUUCAAGCAGGGACCACCGCUGGAGUCCAGCGAGCGCGAGUUCAAGAUCAAGAAUGUGCCCGCCCAGGAGUGCAUCAUUGUGUGCGUCAUCUCGCUGGAGGAGCUCCAUGUGACCCCGGAAACGGUGCCCUAUCAGCAGUGCCGAGAGGUCAGGACAGUGGCCUCGCAGGCCUCCAACAUGGACAAGAUAACGAUUGCGGCCAGUGCGGCCAUUUGUGGCACCAUCAUUGUGGCCGUGAUUGUCUUCAUUGCUGCCAGCAGACGCUCCCGCAAGCUGCAGAACAGCCAGCAGAAGAGCCCGCUGCCAAUUGGAGGUCUGCCCGUUAAUUGCUGCGGUCCGACCGGUUCACCGGGACCACUUGGCUCCAUUGCAACGCUAUCGGCGUUUAACAAUCACAAGGAAUGGGAUCAAGUGUCGGCCUACAGUGGUCGCUCGAUCCCGCGGCCCCGCAUCUACCCAGUGGAACAGCCAGACGACAUGCGUAGCCACUUCUCCGGAAUGCCCGGCAAAGUGGGCAAAUCGAGUAGAUCCCUGGCGGAUGGACAGUCGCAGCAUAGCUUCUCGAAUAACUCGCAUCGCGGCUAUUUGGGCAGCGCCUUCCCCUCGAAUCUGGUGAACUCCCGGCCGGAAUUGCGCCAGUCCCGGCAAUCCCUGGCCGCCGCCUCGGAGCGAAUGUCCCGCGCCUCGUAUGCGGGAUCGAUUCAUGGCGGAAACGGAAACGGAGGAGGCGGCGGCGGUGGCAACGGACUGCCCGUGAGCAGCCUGAUGGCCAUGGGCGGCAUGGUGGGCGGCGGCGGACCGGCCAGCAUCGCCUCCAGCGCCCGCAGAUCGCGACCGCGUUCCCGAUCACGCGAACAGCUGAACGCCACCCACAUACACAACCACCGACCAGGAAGUCGAUACUCGCAGGCGGGAUCGACGCACACGCUGAACAACUACUGCGAUACCUCGGACAACUGGACGGAUCACGACAUGGACAUCUAUAUGGCCCGCAACCCGACGACGCGGAACGGUUUAGUGCCAUUAUGAGGGCGAC